AUGAUGGAGGUGUUCCCGGAGCUUAUGUUUCGAGUCCGACUGCCCGCGAAGUCAUGCUUCCUUCCUUGUCGGCGGGCCGACUUUUCUUUCUUCUUUCAGCAACAUGGAGUAACAAGUGGGGAUGUGAAGAAGUUGAUGGAAGCUGGAUUCCACACUGUUGAGUCUGUAGCAUUUGCUCCCAAGAAGGCUUUACUUGCCAUAAAGGGUAUCAGUGAAGCUAAGGCUGACAAAAUUUUGGCUGAGGCUGGAAAGCUUGUUCCCCUGGGUUUCACAACAGCCACAGAAUUUCAUCAGAAGAGGUCUGAAAUUGUGCAGCUAACCACAGGUUCUCGUGAAUUAGACAAGCUCCUUGGUGGUGGAAUUGAAACUGGAUCAAUUACCGAGGUGUUCGGGGAAUUCCGUUCAGGGAAAAGCCAGCUAUGCCAUACACUGGCUGUCACCUGUCAGCUACCCAUUGAUAAUGGAGGAGGAGAAGGGAAAUGCUUAUACAUUGACACUGAGGGAACGUUUCGACCUGAGCGUCUCUUAGCUACAGCUGAGAGGUAUGGUCUUGUGGGUCAAGAUGUCCUGGACAAUGUGGCAUAUGCAAGAGCCUACAACACUGAUCAUCAGUCCCAGUUACUUAUCCAGGCUGCUGCCAUGAUGGCUGAUGCUAGGUAUGCCCUACUGAUUGUGGAUAGUGCAACAUCACUGUAUCGCACUGACUACAGUGGGAGAGGAGAGUUGUCUGCAAGACAAAUGCACCUGGCACGUUUCCUAAGGAUGCUUCUGCGCCUGGCGGAUGAGUUUGGUGUAGCUGUGAUGAUAACAAACCAAGUGGUUGCUCAAGUAGAUGGAGCAUCAUUGUUCUGUGCUGAUCCUAAAAAACCUAUAGGUGGAAACAUCAUGGCUCAUGCAUCAACAACCAGGUGA